GCGCUGUCACCGGGCGAGAUGCUCGCCAUCCAGAGCUGGCUUUCCUUCUACAGCGACAACUAUGAUCCCGUGGGGAGGCUGGUGGGCAGAUUCUAUGAUGAAAAUGGGGCACCGACAGAAGCCUUAAGGCAGGCUGAGGCUGCGAUCGAGGAAGCUCUGAAGUUCAAAGCAGAAAGCGAGCAGAGUAAGCAGCAGUUUCCACCCUGCAACUCUGAAUGGAGCUCUGCUAAGGGCAGCCGAUUCUGGUGCUCCAGACAGAGUGGGGGAGUGAACAGAGACUGGACUGGAGUCCCUCGGAAGCUGUACCGACCUGGUUCGAAGGGGAGUCACUGUGUGUGUGUGAGGACUACUGGUCCCCCGUGGGGUGAGUCGCACUCCACUGAGCACAGCGACAGAGGCGAUCUGGAUAACCCUCACCUGGAGGAAUACGACGGCUGCCAUCCAAGGGCCGAGCAGUGUGUCCUAAAGGUGUGA